AUGCAGGUCUGCACUUUUCGUCGUGAAAAGCAUAGCUUCGGCUUGUGGCUCCAGGAGGAGGCGGCCCAAGACCUGGAGGAGGCCCUCCAAGAGGAGAAGCACCAGCUUCAGAAGGAGGCGGAGCAGUUCGAUGCGGAUCUUCUUUGGUUGGAGUCCAGCGUGGACGAGGCGACGCAGGCCUGGCGCGAGGCGCCCUCCGCUCAGAUGAUGCUCGAGGCGCAGGAGGCGGAGAGCAUGCGCCAAGCGCAGGAGGCGGAGGCGCACCUGGCGUCGCUGGGCCGGGCGCUGGCCAAAGAGUUGCAGAAGCACCGGGAGGCGAACCGCAGCUUACAGGGAGCGGUGGAGAGCGAGGAGCGAGAGCUGGAAGGCUACAUCAGGGAAGAGAAGGUGGAGCAGGAGACUUGGGACCGAGAGAGACACACGCUGGCCGAGGAGGCCGGCACCGUGGCGGCGGAGCUGCAGCGCUUGGCCACCGGCCUCGCCUGAGCCGCCUGAGCCGCUUGCGCCGAAGUCCGCGGGGCCGGCUGCGAAGUCGAAGUCAAAACGGUGCA